AAAAUUAAUAUUUCAUGCUGCACAGCUGUAAUAUUGAAACACAUGUGGUAGGCGGGCGCAGAGUGAGUGUGCGGUGAUCUGAUCUACUGUGUGUUUGUCUACUGUCUGUCAGUCGCGCUGUGUUUGCAGUGGCCGUCAGUGUAGCAUGAAACGGCUAUCUGCCUCUCAGAAACGAUGCCACAACUAAAACUCCGGAAUACCCUUUAUCAUCUACCCUCGAACACUACAAAGAAGAUCAUCUACCCUGACGGGCGCUUAUACAGACCGAAAGGAGGGAGCCAAGACUGAGGGGUAGAUGCAUCACCAGGAGCGAGCACAGUAUGAAGAAAGCAGGCAGGCCAGUGGGGAAUAAGGCAGCAAGUGGAGGAGGUAAAGGUGACACAGUGACAGCUGGAACCUCUGCUGGCAAAAGCGCUGUUAAGAGCCCUACCACAGCUCCGCUCUCCAAGGUCAAAAGCGAUGAUGAUCUUCUAGCUACUAUGGCUGGGAGCAGUGCAGGGACAAACAGCAGUGUUGCCAAGGGCAAGAAAUCAAACUCUACUCACUCAACAUCCUGUGGAACAAACACUAAUAACCCUGACACCAAGACCAAGACCAACUCAGGCCUAUCUGGCAAACGGACAUCAUCCACAGCCUCCAAGGAGUCAAACACAUCACGAGACCGUUUAAGAAACUCAAGAAACUCCAACAGUAAGAAGCAGUCAUUCACUGGUGCUUCUGAUCGAGCCCAGCCUAGACAUUCCCGUGGACUGGCCCAAACCUCGGACUCGGAGAGCCGCAUGAGCAAAUCGAAGUCUGACGGUCAGCUAAGCGAUAAAGUGGCCCUGGAGGCCAAAGUGAAAAAUCUGUUGGGUCUGGCCAAGAGCAAAGACGUGGAAAUCCUACAACUACGGGGUGAGCUGAGGGACAUGAGGGUUCAGCUGGGACUUCCUGAGGAAGAUGAGGAGGAUGAGAGGCCACCCGAGAGGGAGGCGGCUGCAGUGAUCACAGCUGCAGAUGUGGAAUCAACGUUGCUGCUCCUGCAGGAGCAGAACCAGGCCAUUCGUGGAGAGCUCAACCUGCUUAAGAAUGAAAAUCGUAUGCUGAAGGACCGUCUCAAUGCUCUGGGCUUUUCCCUGGAGCAGAGACUGGAUGGGGCUGAGAAGACCUUUGGCUUUCCCUCCACCAGUCCUGAACUUUCCUCCUCUGGAGGUGGUGGAGGUCAUGGAGACUGUGCCACUGUGGCCUCCUCUGUGGAGGGAUCAGCACCAGGCUCCAUGGAGGACCUCCUUACUGGAGGCCAGCGAAGUGGCUCAACGGACAACCUAGACAGCGAGUCAAGUGAGGUCUACCAAGCGGUGACCUCCAGUGACGAUGCCUUGGAUGCUCCCUCAGGCUGUGGUUCCUCGUCGUCCUCUGAGUCUGAAGGUGGCGCCCCAGAAUGUCACAAUUCCUCUCGUAAGGGGAGCAGUGGCAACACCAGCGAGGUGUCUGUGGCAUGUCUGACGGAGCGCAUUCACCAGAUGGAGGAGAACCAACACAGCACGGCCGAGGAGCUCCAAGCCACUUUACAGGAACUGGCCGACCUGCAACAGAUCACGCAGGAGCUAAACGGUGAAAAUGAACGCCUGGGAGAGGAAAAGGUUCUACUUAUGGAUUCACUCUGCCAACAGAGUGACAAACUGGAGCACUGUGGCCGUCAGAUCGAGUACUUCCGCUCGCUCCUGGACGAGCACGGUGUGGCCUACUCGGUAGAUGAAGACAUCAAGAGUGGCCGAUACCUGGAGCUAGAGCAGCGCUAUGUUGAGCUUGCGGAAAAUGCUCGCUUUGAGCGGGAGCAGCUCUUGGGCGUGCAGCAACAUCUGAGCAAUACUCUAAAAAUGGCCGAGCAGGAUAACGCCGAUGCUCAGAGUGUGAUUGCAGCGCUGAAGGAGCGCAACCAUCACAUGGAGCGACUUCUAGAUGUGGAAAGGCAGGAGCGAUCCGGCAUGGCGGCAGUGCUGGAGGAGUGUAAAGCUGCAGUCAACAAUGACCAGGCUGAGCUGAGCCGCUGUCGGGCGUUACUGGAGCAGGAGAGGCAAAAGGUCGCUGAGCUCUACUCCAUCCACAAUGGUGGAGAUAAGAGUGACAUCCACCAGCUCCUGGAGGGGGUUAGGCUGGACAAGGAGGAAGCUGAAGCCAAAGCCGCCAAACUACAGGACGAUUUGGGCCACGCUCGCAAUGAGGUGGCAUGUCUGCAGGACACCCUCAACAAGCUGGACGCUGAGUACAGGGACUUCCAGAGCGAGGUGCAGAAAGAGUUGGCCGAGCAAAAGAGGGUUUUAGAGAAGCAGCGUGAGGACAUGCAGGAGAAAGAGACGGAGAUCGGAGACAUGAAGGAGACAAUCUUUGAGCUGGAGGAUGAAGUGGAGCAGCACAGAGCCGUCAAACUUCAUGACAACCUCAUCAUCAGUGAUCUGGAGAUUCACAUGCUCAUUCGCUCUCCUUCCGGUUUCCUGGCAGAUUCGAUGAAAAAGCUUCAGGAUCAGAAGCACGAUAUGGAGAGAGAGAUAAAGAUACUGCACCGCAGACUCAGGGAAGAGUCGGCAGAGUGGCGUCAGUUCCAAGCGGAUCUGCAGACUGCUGUGGUCAUUGCUAACGACAUCAAGUCAGAAGCUCAGGAGGAGAUUGGUGACUUGCGCCGCCGCCUGCAAGAAGCCCAAGAGAAGAACGAGAAGUUGGGCAAAGAGCUAGAUGAAGUUAAAAACCGCAAGCAAGACGAGGAACGUGGACGUGUGUAUAACUACAUGAACGCCGUUGAGAGGGACCUGGCUGCACUCAGGCAGGGCAUGGGACUGAGUCGACGCCCCUCCACGACUUCCGAGCCAUCUCCCACGGUCAAAACUCUCAUCAAAAGCUUUGACAGUGCCUCACAGGGUCCUGGAGCUAAUGCUACUGCAGUUGCUGCCGCAGCCACCGCUGCCACAAACACAACUACGACUGCCCCCUUACCCCGCACACCUCUCAGUCCCAGCCCUAUGAAGACACCGCCUGCUGCUGCUGUCUCACCGAUACAGAGACACUCCAUCACUGGCUCCAUGUCCGCUGCAAAGCCCCUCUCCUCGCUUACAGACAAAAGACCCAGCUACACGGACAUCAGCAUGCCAGCUGAGCAUCUACUCAGAGCAGCCAAUGGCAGUCGUCCCACUUCAGCUCUUCAGAGGGUCUCAAAUAUGGACACAUCAAAGACCAUCACAGUGUCUCGGAGAAGCAGCGAAGAGGCGAAAAGGGAUAUCAGUACUCCUGAUGGAGGCCCAGCUUCCUCUCUGAUGGCCAUGGGCUCUGCUGCACCUCCUCUAUCCUUGUCUUCGUCCUCCUCCCCCACGGCCUCCGUCAACCCCACAGCACGCAGCCGACUUAGAGAGGAGCGAAAAGACCCUCUGUCAGCUUUGGCUCGUGAAUAUGGUGGUUCUAAAAGAAAUGCGCUGCUGAGAUGGUGUCAGAAGAAAACCGAGGGCUAUCAGAACAUUGACAUUACCAACUUCAGCAGCAGCUGGAAUGAUGGACUGGCCUUCUGCGCUGUCCUUCACACAUAUCUGCCUGCUCAUAUUCCUUAUCAAGAGCUCAACAGUCAGGACAAGAGACGAAAUUUCACCCUGGCCUUUCAAGCAGCAGAAAGUGUGGGCAUCAAGUCCACUCUGGACAUCAAUGACAUGGUCCAUACAGAAAGACCGGACUGGCAGAGUGUUAUGACUUACGUCACAGCUAUCUACAAGUAUUUUGAGACCUGAGUACAUGUCCUUUUAUAAAUUGUCACACCAAUGCAACAAAUUUCCAGCAACUAACCUGCGUGCAACACUCCACCAUAUCAUCCAGGCCUAACCCUAGCACAAAGUCAUAUUACACCAAUCACAUUAGCGUAUACUGAUAUGACAUGAUGCAUUGAUUAUAUCAAGGAAAUCCUCUACAGUGGAACUCAGCUGCUAAUGCGGAAUCAGUUUUCUUUGGCAAUAAUGCUUCAGCUCAAUGUCGGGAGACCCUAACACACUACAGUCUUCACAUCUAGUUACUAAUUCUUGGUGUGGAUGAUUUGAGCCUGUGGAUUUGAAAUCAGUCUUGAGGAACAGCGUGGACCCGCUUACAACCCCGUGCCUUUCGCCACCCUGAGUUCUUGCGUCCAGACAGGCAUUUGGAGCAAGUUCUUCACCUUAAUUCACAACAUGCAACGAUGUAACUUGUUGUAAAAGAGCGAGACUUGUGGAUUGCUCAAAGCAGUGCCUAACUGAAACACUUCAUUGAAGAAGCACUUCAGUAGAGGAGAAUUGUACACUAAUAGGAGUUAUUCACUAUAGCACACAGUCAGUGGUUUAACUUUUUACAGGAUUGUUUUGAAAGCUCAUCGUGGGCGCCUUUGUUACGACUGUGACAGAUCUUGGCUUGAAAUACUACAUAUUAAAUAGGGAGGACAGCAAUAAGCUUAUGUAACCUGUUGAGCCAUUUCAUAUGACAUUAGUGCUGCUCACCAACAGUAAGAUACUGUAGGAAACACUAUAACAGAUUUGCAGCACAUGUGCAUGUACUGUCCAGUGUAUUAGUCUGAAAUAGUAUACCAAAAAUGAAAUAUGUCACAAUGUCUUUUUGUUUGUGAUGCAGUUAAGCUAACUUCCUUCAGUACUAAUCAAAUGGUAUGUUCUUUCUCAGGAUAAGAAAGUCUUAUCGAUAUUUAUCACAACGAAUAAUCAUAUGUGAUUCAUAAUAUGUUAUGCACACCAAUACCUGCACAUUUUAUAGUUUGCGAAGCACAAAAUUCAUCUUACAUGCACUAAUUGAAGUUGUAAAUGAAGCUACAUUCCAGUGCAUUAAUAUGGAUGAAUAGAAUUGAUAUAUGGAGAUGUUCUGCCUGAGUGAGUGAGAAAAAUCAUAAUUGUCACAUAUAUCCUGUUUUCCAGCUGUGCUGAAUUCAGGCAUCGCUCUCUUUUCAUGAGUAUGAAAGACUUUGACGUUUCCCACCUGUCUGCUAAUAACACUUUAACGGUAAUACAAGACAUUAAAAUAAAAACAAUAAUGAUAACAUAGGAAUUUUCCAUGUGUGCAUUUAAAAAAAUGUGAGGUAUGUCUCUUAUUUUCUAAACGCUUUGAUUCUUUUAAUAGAGUAUUUAAUUUUUCCGUUCCUGAGGAGCAUUUCGAAUUGUUUGAAAUAAUACCUAUUCAAAUUCCAGUGUGUGUAACUUAGCAGAAAGACAGAGAAAGACUCUGGUAAGCGCUUGAGAUUAAUUCCAAACUACAUUACAGUUUAGUCAUUUUUUCAUUAUGUGCAUCUUUGGUUUUAACAGUAUAAGUUACUGCACUUUACCUUUGGACCAUCAUCACAUAUUCAUGACAGAUUGAUCUUUGUUUGAACCUGACCAAAUGUUUUGUUCAGGAGCCUCAUAUUGGCUUGAUUUACUAAAUAGAGGCACGUUGAGAUGGAAAUGCAUUCAGUAUACAUCUGUUUGAUGUGCUUCGUCCCAACUUUCAUCACAUUAAUAUGAAUGUAAUACAGCAGAAGGCUUCUCCAGCUCUGUUGCCUUUUAGAUUGUUACUUUACGCCAGUAUAUUUUCUGUUCUUGAAUGCUAUUUUGCUUCCAUUUGUUUUGGUUUUUUAUCAUAAUGAGAGCAUUAUCUUAAUAAAAAAAGGGUAAAUGUUUUCCUUUUUAUAAAUAAAUGUGAAGAGCAAUCAAUAUGCUCUUUCUUCCAAAUGAA